GGCGUGUUGUCUCCGGAACGGAACGUUCCGUACUUAUAGUUCCGCUCUGUGCCGCACGCCCGCACUGCGCCACUGCCGUGAUUCUCGAUUUAGUCACGUAUCCGUUGGCCGUUGACCGUUGGCUAUGAGUUAUGAGUGAUUUCGUUUAACCUAGCCGUUCGACUGUACGACCGAAGUAUUUUGUUGCCGUUGCUUGCGGAUACUAAAAGUAUAUAAUACCAAACGGCAUCCGUAUUGCCGUGGUAUUAAUAAUUAAUACCAAUUGUGGAGUGAACGCCUAGUGCCUACGUCCCGACCAUUAUUUUGUAAUAUAAUAUAAUCUGGUCUGUUGUGAGCUUUGAUGAUGAAAAUGCAGUAGAAUGUGUACCAAGUUUUUGGUUCAAAAAUAAUACAUGUGCUUGGCCAAACAAAAACUUAAAAAAUUAUAAGAAAGCUAUUGAACAUCGUUACAACCCAAAUGGUCUAGAGUAUGACUAUUUUAAAGCAAGAUUAUUAUCUACAGACAUCGGUACUUUACAUGAAGCUCAAAUUAAGGCUAGACGUGCAGAAGGAACAUCUGAACUGUCUUCCCCCAAUGAUGACAUCAAAACCAGAAAAACAAGACAACGAAAAAUCUUAUCAAGUUCUGAAAAAACAAUAAAGUUUCAAAAUAAAAGCAAGCAUUUAAGUCAGAAAAAAAAAGUCUAUACUUCAAAACUUCCAAGCCCUCCUGUUUUUACAAAUAAUCCUGUAAAAGAUAGUAGUAGUGAUGUAGAAGAUGACUCUGAUAAAGAUAUUACAUAUGUUCCAAAACAAUCUAUUGAUAUAAACUCAGAAGUAGCAAGUUUAAGUUCACCAUCAAAGAAUAGUAAAUUUAUUCAGAAAAAUAUAUAUUCAACAAAUACCACUAAAAGGCGUUUAGACUUCAACUCUGUAAUAAAUUCAUCACCUGGCACUUCUAAACUCAAUGAUUCUAACUCAAUAAUGAAUUCCCCGUUUGCAGGGAAAAUAAAAGUGGUUGGUGAUAACACAUAUUCAACAAAUACCACUAAAAGGCGCUUAGACUUGAACUCUGCAGUAAAUUUGUCACCUGGUACCUCUAAACUCAUUGAUUCUAACUCAAUAAUAAUGAAUUCCCCAUCUGCAGGGAAUUGGAAAGUUAUUGAUGAUAACACAUAUUCAACAAAUACUAGUAAAAGGCGUAUAGAUUUUAAUUCAUUAGGAAGUUCACCAGGUUCUGCUAAUGCUUCUAAUAAAAGACAUUUAGAAAAAUCAACAGAUGAAAAAUUAACUGUACUACUUCGAGCAGUUACAAAUUUGAAGUAUGAAUUAAGAGACUACGGAAUAAAAAUAGACAGAAUUGAAAAUGCCAUAAUGAAUAAUAAUUAUACAAAUAAAAUUAAUGAUGAAAACCACUUUUCUGUGACUAGUGAACAUUUAUACAAUUUUCCAAUGAAAACAGUGGAAGAUUUGAAUAUUUUUGAAGACAAAUUAUUGGAAAACACUUUCAGGCUCAAAAUGAUUAAUUAUCUUUCCAGAUUAGAACAGCCUAAAAUAUCUGAUAUGACAAGACACAUUAUGGCAAAACUUUUUCAUAAUAAUUUACUCUCAUUGUAUUCUUAUGUCGGCCAGAAAAAAAAACUAAUAUUUUCUGUACUUCGUUCAUGUUCAUUGAUAUUUGAUACUAUAAGGAACAUUCCAAAACAUAAAAGUUGUACAGAUAUGGAAAUUGUUGGACCUUUAAAAACAUUUUUAGCAAAUGCCAAAUUUCGUGAACAAAAAAAACAACAAAUUAAUCCAAUAUUGAAGGGAACAACUAACAAUGCUAAAUGUGAUCUGCUCAUCUUACAUUAA